AUGGCGACCAUCGGCGUCGUCCUGCUGCUCCUCCUACUCGCGCCGACACCGUAUCUGGCCGCUGCCGCUUUCUGCCACAGCGUGAAGGCCGCCGGUGCCGCGCUCUCCCGGAACGCCUCCUCCUCGCCAGUACAGUUCGCCACGACCACCAUCGACCAGGCCCCCGACGUGGUGUACGCGCUCGCGCUCUGCCUCGGCGACGUCCUCGACAGCUCCGCCUGUGGCGCCUGCAUCACCGACUGGUUCACCACAGUGAACCAGACGCACCUCCCCUACACUGGUGCUAGAAACAAGCGCAUAAUUAGUUGGUGGGGGACGUCAGAUAGCUUCUCUACAAUUGAUGAGUGGGCAAACCUUGGAAAUUAUUAG